AUGGUGGAACAUGCUGAUGGUGCUGGUGCCGUUUAUUAUAUUGUUACUUGUGAAAAGGUUGAUGGCUGGCAGUAUCAGCGGCACUUAGUCCGGGACCUGGCUGGUGACGUGGUCGUGUGUUGUUGCCGGCGGUGGCGCAGCGUGCCGGCGCUGAUCGUGCUGUGCAUGGUGUCGCUGUCGGUGAACGCGCGCGUGUUGGUGUCCGUGUGCUGGAUCCGGCGGCCGCUCUCACCCACGCUGCACAUCUCGCUCAGCCUGGCCGGCGCAGACCUCUUCGCCUCGGCCGCCCUCGCCAUCGGCCUCACGCUCAACAGCCUCUUCAAGGCGCUGCACCUCCAGCAGGACCAGUGCCUGCAAUUCACCGUCGAGGCGCUCCGGCUCACAGGCAUCAUCGCGGCGGUGGCGCACCUGCUGGCGCUGGCGGCGAACCACUACCUGGGCAUCCUGCGGCCGCUGCACUACCCGGCCAUCAUGACCCACCGCAACACGUCCGCCUGCAUCGCGCUGCUGUGGCUGCUGCCGGCCGCCUUCUUCUUUGUGUACUUCUCGUCCGUCCCGGGACAGGGCUACCAGAGCCCCACUUGCAACUACAACUUCCUGCUGUUCUGCAAGUUCCGGGCGACCUUCUCCUCGCUGUUCUUCGGACCGCUGCUGCUGAUGGCGAUCAUCUACGCGCACAUCUUCGUGAUCGUGCGGCGGCACCAGGCAAGCCGGCUGCGCUUCAGCCGCGCGAGCCUACGCACGACCACGAGCACGAGCACGGGCGGCGCCAACCAGCAGAUGGCGCGCAGCGUCAAGGCCAUCCGCACCACGCUGCUCAUCCUCGGCUCGUACGUGGUCGGCCUUAUGCCGGGCGUGCUCGUCUUCGUGCUCGUCUGCGCCGACUGCCCGUUCCCGUUCCCCGAGACGCCGCGCGACAAGUUACGCAUGUUCUUCAUCUACACCACCGUCAACUUCCUCAUCAUACUCAAGACCUUGCUCAACCCCAUCAUCUACGCGGCGCGAAUGCAGGAGAUCAAGGCAGCGACGCGGCGCAUGAUGGCGAGCGCGCGCAGAACGUGCCGCUGGUGCGCGCCGCUGCUGGAGGUGGCAGGUGGGGCGGAGGAGUCUGCGGGGGCGGGCGCGGGGGCGGUGGCCGGCGGCACCACGGAGCUGUCGCUGGUGCGCUGCGCCUCGCUGGGCCCGCGCGCCGCCGCCCGCUGCUCGCGCUCCAGCUCCGCCAACGGCAGCCUCCGCCGCCCACACAGCAGGGCCCGCCUCGGCUGCGAGCAGCUCUGA